AUGAUUUGCUUGCAGUUCCUAUCUCUUCUUACCUAUGGACUUACAGUGCUGCAGGGGGUGAAUGGGUGGACAUACCAUUAUUCAGACACAAACAUGACCUACAGGGAAGCAGAGCUGUGGUGCAGAAAGAAGUAUACUAACCUGGUUGCCAUCCAGAACAAGGAGGAAAUCAAGCAUCUCAAUACCUUCUUACCCUUCAAUCCGGGUUACUACUGGAUUGGAAUCAGAAAAAUUAAUGGUGUGUGGACCUGGACUGGAACUAACAAAGAACUGACAGAAGAAGCAAGAAACUGGGCUUCAGGGGAGCCAAAUGGCAAAGGGAACAACGAGGACUGCGUUGAGAUCUACAUCAAAAGAGGGAAGGAUGAUGGCAAAUGGAAUGAUGAGCAGUGUGAGAAGAAGAAGGUUGCCUUGUGCUACACAGCUUCUUGCAACCCAUCUCUCUGCAGUGGCCAUGGAGAAUGCAUAGAGACCAUCAACAACCACACCUGCCAUUGCAACCCUGGCUUCUAUGGGCCUGAAUGCGAGUUUGUUGAGAGCUGUGAUCCACUAAAGAAACCUGAUCAUGGGAGCCUUGAGUGCCACCAUCCAUUGGGGGACUUCAGCUACAACUCGUCCUGCAAAGUUCAGUGUGAGGAGGGCUACGAGCUGACUGCACUGGAGUCUGUCCACUGUACCUCUGCUGGGCUCUGGUCUGCCCCCCUUGCAGCAUGCAAAGCUGUGACCUGUCCUGCCUUGGAAAUGCCUGCCCACGGGCCUGUGAACUGCUCCCAUCCCACAGUGCAGCUCACCUGGGGAACCACCUGUGAGUUCAGCUGUGAGGAAGGAUUUACCCUGACAGGAUCAGCUACCCUGCAGUGUGGCUCUUCAGGGGCGUGGGACAGGCAGCAGCCAGAGUGUGCAGCUGUGACCUGUCCUGCCUUGGAAAUGCCUGCCCACGGGGCUGUGAACUGCUCCCAUCCCGCAGUGCAGCUCACCUGGGGAACCACCUGUGAGUUCAGCUGUGAGGAAGGAUUUACCCUGACAGGAGCAGCUACCCUGCAGUGUGGCUCUUCAGGGGCCUGGGACAGGCAGCAGCCAGAGUGUGCAGCUGUGACCUGUCCUGCCUUGGAAAUGCCUGCCCACGGGGCUGUGAACUGCUCCCAUCCCUCAGUGCAGCUCACCUGGGGAACCACCUGUGAGUUCAGCUGUGAGGAAGGAUUUAUCCUGACAGGAGCAGCUACCCUGCAGUGUGGCUCUUCAGGAGCCUGGGACAGGCAGCAGCCAGAGUGUGCAGCUGUGCGCUGUGAGGCUGUGCCGCCGCCAGCAGAAGGCUCCGUGAGCUGUGACCGCGCUGAUGCAGAGCUCACCUCGGGCUCAAGCUGCCAUUUCCAGUGCCCCGAGGGAUUUGUCCUGCAGGGAUCGCCCAGCACGGAGUGCACGGCUCAGGGACAGUGGUCACAGCCGGUGCCCAAAUGCAAAGUCAUACAGUGUGAACCACUGAGCUCUCCUGAGAAAGGCUCCAUGGAUUGCUCCCACGGGGCUGGGAUGUUCACCUACAACACCUCCUGCCACUUCAGCUGCCUGGAAGGAUGGAGUCUCAAUGGCUCUCGUGUUCUUGAGUGCAGCCCCUCAGGAAACUGGAGUGCCAGCCUGCCCACAUGUGAAGCCUCUGACCAAGCCAGCUACAUCUCUGUGGGCAUAGCAGCCACUUCUGCCUCUCUGCUGUCCACAGCAUCAUUCCUCCUUUGGCUCGCAAGGCGCUUCCGGAGAAAAGCAAAGAAGUUUAUUCCUUUCAGGAACUGGCAGGAAACAGCCAGUGAGGGUAGUUUCCAAAGUGCUGGCGAGAAUGUCUAA